CAGUGUGUCCAUUUGUAAGAGUCAUUUUUAUCUGCCAUUUGGGCUCGUCGCUUGUGUCACAAGUAACGACUACAACUCAAUACGCGACGGAGUGUGUCACAAGUGUUUUGACAGCUGCUAGUCUUCGCUCUCUUUCCUUUUUCGUCGUUUGGGUUCGGUACUUUGGUCAUUGGCCAUUGCGUAUUGUGGACCGCCUUUUAUUGUUUAGUAGUCUGCUUUAGUUGUGGUAAACUACUACUCAUAAAUACUAUGCUUCCGUUAGGAUUCCGUAUCCGUAUUUAUACCCGCCAUAGUUAGUACGCAGAGUAGUAUGUGAAACGGUUUUUAAUUUUUAACGUUCGCACUACGAUUAUUUUCCUCAAUUUAUAUAUUUUUUUAUAAAAACCAAUCGAGUGAAAAUAAAAUUGCAUUACUAUGAAUCGCCCGAAUUAUAAUCAGAACUACAAAUUGGUAGUUGUCGGUGGCGGUGGUGUUGGGAAAUCUGCAAUCACCAUACAAUUUAUACAGAAAUAUUUUGUGACAGAUUAUGAUCCAACAAUUGAAGAUUCAUACACAAAACAAUGCAUAGUUGAUGAUGUUCCAGCAAAAUUAGAUAUUUUGGAUACUGCUGGACAAGAAGAAUUUAGUGCUAUGAGAGAACAAUAUAUGAGAUCAGGUGAAGGGUUUUUGUUAGUGUUUUCUGUAGCAGAUAAAACUAGUUUCAAUGAGAUGGAAAAAUUUCACAGACAAAUUCUUAGAGUUAAAGAUAGAGAUGAAUUUCCAAUGCUGAUGGUUGGAAAUAAGGCAGAUUUAAGUAGUCAAAGAAUGGUUUCUAUACAAGAUGCACAAAAUAUGGCCAUGCAACUGAAAAUACCUUACAUAGAAUGCAGUGCUAAAGCAGGAAUGAACAUUGAUCAAUCAUUCCAUGAACUUGUUCGAAUUGUAAGAAGGUUUCAAUUAUCUGAAAGACCACCAAUCAAAUCAAUACCGCAAAAGAGUUCAAAAAAGUGUUCCAUACUUUAGCAGUAUAUGUUGUCUAUUUUACAAUGUUGUUAUGUUUACAUACCAACUCGCAUUAAAUUAAUUUGUUGUGUUCCCAUUAUUGUCAAUUUUAACCAUACACAUUUAAAACAAAUAUUUUUCACAGUAUUAAAUAUUAAUAUCUAGUCGUACACAAAUUGUACAUUUGAACAAAUCUGUUGACAUAUAAUUAACAUAAAAUAGGGUAUUACAAUUUUUUUUUUUUUUUGUUAAUACUUAACAUAAUUUUAAGCAACCAAUAGCAUAGUAAGUAAAUUUUAAUAACAAAAACUUAUUUUGUUAAUAAACAGUUAGAUUGUUUUCUUCAAGAAUGCAAACUUAAUACUUAUUAACCAAUUUUGCCAACUUAAAAAAAUAUUAAGAUUCCAUUUUAAAAUUCCAAACCUUAUUUAAAUAUCCAUGUUUUUAUCUCAGUGUCUCCUGUAGAACUGUGGGGGAGAGUACUGUAGGUUUUUAUUUUGGAUCGGUUAUUUAAACACAUGAGUGUAUGUGUGGCAAGGAUUUGUCGCUAAAAAUCCUGGGUGGUCACCCAUCCAGGAACUAGCAACGCCGGCUGUUAUGUACACUUGGUGCGUUUCUAUAGUUAAGUGUACACACUGCGCCAUACUAAGCCACAUUUUACUUUUCUAGACAGUUUUUGGAAUGUCACCAUCUGGGGCAAACUACUUAAAUCUUAUUAUUUAUAAAUAAAAGUAAUAUACUAAUAUAAAUGCCAGAGCAAAUCCUAUUAUAUUAAUUGGUUGUCAAAAAUGCAUAAUUUAAGUUUUUUUA